CGCCUAGUGGUGUCGUUGCUACUUAAAGCCUUUCGAGUCUACAGCUGUUGGCGUUCUAUCGCCAGCAAGUCAUAAGCAAGAUGGCCUCCACCGCUGCCGGGACCUGGUUCAACAUGCGGGUUCUUGUGCGCGCUCUGCUGCUCAUCGCGCUUGCCUCGACGGCGUCAGCUGCUCAGCCGGCCCGCCGUUCGGCUUCUGAGUACCUUUUCGGCAGCAACUCCGAUGCCAAGCCAUCUCUGGCUCGCCGCUUCCUCAGCGAGUUCUACUGGGGCGGCCGCCUGAUCACCCACCCGAUUGCCCGCUCAGCCUAUGAGGUCAGCUCUGAUGGCCCCGAGGCUGCCCCUGGCUCCGAUGUCACUGCCACCGGCACCGCCCCCUCGUACGGCGGCUACUACGGCUCUCCCCCGCCCGCCUACGGCGCUGCUGCCCGCUCUGCCCUUGAGGUCUCCGCUUCCUCCUACGGCGGCUACUACGGCUCUCCCUCCCCGCCCGCCUACGGCGCCCGCCGCUCUGCCAUUGAGGUCACUGCCUCCUCCUACGGCGGCUACUCUCCCUCCCCCUCCCCGCCGACCUACGGCACUUACUAAGCGCCUCGCCAGCAACCGGCUUGUCAGCAGCCGGCUUUCGACUCGCCGCCAGCUUUCGUCUUCCUGGGGUUUCCAUUAUACGGAGCGACUAAUACUGUGGCCCUUAGCUGAGGGUACCUUCUUCCGCUCCUAGUUGUGGUCAGCUUUUGAGAGUCUGGACUUGACGACCGACCUCAUCAUCAUUUGGACGUAUCUCAUCCGGGCUGCUGACGUCACGACGACCCUACGGUUUACGGAGGAUGGGACAAGGCGAGAACGACGGCGGUUGACGCUUUCGGUUGGUGGUUGGUGGUGCGCUUGUAUGGGAGGGCUGGGUAGGCCCUGUGGGGUUCAGCUGUUGCAAGGGUGCUAUGGUGCAUGGGCGUGCUGCAAAGUACGAGUUGGGAGUUGGCAAGUCGGCGUUGUGUCAUUGGGCGUGCGGUGCAUGGUACCUUGCGUGAGGCAAUCUCGCUCCACAUCACUCUCUCGCCGCCCGCACGCUGGAAUGUUUGCAUUUGGUCUGUGGCGCCUGAUCUGACUUCGCGUCUGUGUGUUGCGACAAAUCGCGCUUGAAAAUUGUUGUUGGUGUUGCAAAGUAGCAGCUCCCUGGAUUGUCAGGAAAUGUGCUGGUGAUAACUCCGUUACCGACCUAUUAUCGCGAGUAACCAUUUUCUGUGGUCCUAAUCGCCGCUCAUGUUGUGCACUUUGGGGUUACUGGAUAACGCUCCAACUGAGCUUCACUUUGGGGAUCUGGUGUCGGCAUAUGAGGCCGCGGUGCUCGGGACAGGGAUUCCGUUGGGCAACCAGCCAAUGUUGGCCCUUGCGACGAUCCUGUGAAGUGUGAACCCCUGUAUGUUGCAUGCGGCCUGAACCGUUGCCUGCCCCGUCGGCUUCACUCCCAACAUGCGUUUGUGGUGAUAAUUAUUUGUGUGCCGUUUGCUUAUUGGGUAGGAAGGAGGAGGGCCCUGGAUUUAGCCCGUUGCGUAUGAAUGCGCACUGGGAGUGGAAAAGGGCAGCAGCAGGACCGUAUUAUGUCUAAGAUUAUGAGCCUUUGAGCUCCCCGAACCCACGUGUGCGCCUGGUUGUGCCCCAACCUUGUCUGCGGAACGGAACACGCCCUUGUGCAAUUGUGCAAUUGCUAGCGCUAACCAAAUAUAAUCACACGGAUCGCACCACCACCUGUCAUGUUUGCGGGCGGUUGUUUGUCGCGGCGAGUGGUAAUCUUUUUGUGCAUGCAAAAGUCCGAAAGGAUGGGCUGUGUUUAGCGUGGCAGGUUUUGGUAGAAUGUUCGGCAGCACCGUGGGCGGGAGCAGCUCGGCCCUGUCGGUACGGCGCUGCAGCUGUGUCGUACUGGGACUGUUGCGCACGUUUCACGACUCUUAUCGUGCGUUUCGUUCCGUUCGCUCCUUUACAAACAAAGGUGUGUUUCCUCCUACGCAAGUAGUGCGUGCAGUGCGUGCGACAACAUUUCACUGCUUGUGAGACCGAACACCACCGCCUUUGCAGGCGUUUGCAGCAUUUCUGGCGGCGCAUAUCCCGGUGGAAGCAGAGAUGCACGCAUAAGGUAUCAUACGGGGCAGUUUGGCAGGGACACGUUGACGUUUGGCAGGUGUGGGUUAUGUGUUGUUAUCAGAAUUAUCUAAUAUGUUGGCAGGUUUUGUUCCUAGGUCUUUGGUCUGUUGCUGCUGGUUGGUUCCCGUUUGCGAGGCCUGGAUCUUGGAAAUCAUAGUUGUUGUUGGCAGGUAUAAUACGUGAUUGCUUAAUUUGUUUAUCCAGCUCUGCGUUGUUUAGUUUAGUUGGAGAAGGGUUGGGAAAAGCCUGCCUGCCUUCUUCUCCUGUUGCUGGGCACGUUCUUACGCACCCUGUUACUCCGCCUACCCCUGCGUCAUGUCUUGACUAGCUGCGGUUGACGGUCUUGAGCUGUAUGUGGGAGUUGUGCGAGUCGCUGGUGGUUGUGCACUUGUGAAUGUUCCUGGUGUGUGCAUGCACGCGCGCGCUCGCCUUCAUCAAACAAUUGUACAACAUUUACCAAAAUCGAAUCCUGCAAUCAACCGGUUAAUUGCUGCGAAGGGUGAGCUUCUGUUGUGAACGCGUGGUUGCGUCGAAGUAGGGGCAAAUCCUAUUGCAGUGGAUGGCGGUUGUCGGCUUAUUUAAACUGCGUGCGGGGACGGCAGUGUUGUGUGACUCGAGACAUGUCGGCUGCGGCUCGUGUGGAAUGGCUGUGGGGCUCAAAAAGGAAUGGUGGAGCGAUGCUCGC